CUUCGUAUUUCGUUAAAAGAAACCCCCUGGAAAAUAGUACUUCUCCAAACACGGAUAGAGGGGGUGAACAGUCCUGCUAAUACAAGGUUUUACGGUUUCCUACUCCCAUCUCUCUUUAUAUCUUCUAUCCUCUCUUUUUUUUCUUUAUAAAUCCCUAAUCACAAACUUUCCCAAUUCCCAUUCCUUUGAUUCUUAAGCCAAUCCAAUAUUCGGUCUGCAAUUUCCCAAGUGAGAAUGCAAGAUCCAAGGAUGCCACCAUCUGAGGAAGAUUUGAACCCUAAAAUGCGGAAAAAGAAAAGCUCCACUAAGAAAGCACCCAUGCUUUCGUCAGAAAGAAACGAGACUACAGGGGCUCAGCAUGUACAGGGAUCCCUACCAUCAAGAAAGGGGAAGAAGACACCGAAAAGGAACAUGAAGAACGAAAUGUCUCCAAUAUUUCAGCAACCCGAGAGAUCCAACUCAGAUUCAUUACCAGACUCUUCUACAUCUGGAAAUGAAUACCGUGCACUGAGGCGCAAGUAUUUGCUACUGGAGGAAGGAAGCUUUACAUUGGGUAAAGAGCUUAAAGAAGUUGAAGAUGAGGUCAAGUCUCUUGAAGAUGAGAAGCAUGCCCUACUGGAUCAACUUGUUGUAUUAGAAGGUCUAAUAGAUCCUUCAGAAAUGCAAUCCCAUGGUGCAUAGUACAAUAUAUUACUUUUUUGCUUCAUGCUAGUCUAUAUAAUUCGCGCGCUUGUCGAUUGAUAUGGAAGAUGAAUGCUGAAGUAAUCUGAAGCUGCAGAGGAAGUUAAAUGUUUGAUCCACAGUCAUAAUCUUCUUGUAAGUGGUUUAGAAUCUCUUUCAGGCAAAAAAAUGCCGCAAGAAUACUUGGAACUAUUGAGAUGUUUAUCUUGGCCUAAACACAUGAGAUCUUAAAGAGAUUUAUGGGUUAUGUUGCUGCAAUAAUAUAUUAAUUAAUAUUA